GCUUUGCCCUUUUUGUGGUCUUGGGAGAGAACCGACCACACAGCCAUGAGCGUUUCCAAAACAGGGGAGGAAACAAUUGUUUCUGUGCCAAACACACCAACGGAUCCACCUCUUCUGCGGGAGUCACAAGAGGACCCCCUGGUGGACAGAGACAAGAAAGUGAUGAUGUACACCCAGAGUUGUGACAGCCCGGUGACGGCCGAUCCCCCUUCCGGCGAAUCCAGCGAGCCCCCGGAAGAGGCCCCUCCCCCAAGACUGAAUCUCGGUACCAGGCUCAGCCGCAGGAAGCUGUUGGUAAAGCGCCGUCGAUGGAUUGUGGACGUGGAGUUCGCUCUGGCCUUGGCGGGAAUCAUCCUGAUGGUACUCAACACAGAGUUCUACAUUAACGGGAUCUACACGCUCGUCUCGCUGCCCUCCAUCACCAUCAAAAUGAUGAUAUCUAUCAGUACCAUCGCCCUUCUCAUCGCCAUCAUCGCUAACUACGUCACGAUGAUCCAGCUGAGGAUGAUUUACCAGGGUCUGUUCGAAUGGCAGUUGGUGAUGCAUACUUGUGACUGGGUGUGUCUCUUCACAGAGCUGAUAAUCUGCCUGGUGCAUCCUCUCCCAGGAAAUGUCGUAAUCUAUUACUUUCCGCAGCUCGGCUCCCCUCAUCUCGUCUCGCUAGACGCCAUUUUGUCAAUCUGGAUGAUGCUUCGCCUGUAUCUCAUCGGGAAGUUCAUGGUGGCCCACAGUCAUCUGCUCUCCGAUACCUCCAUCCAGAGUUUUGGAGCGCUAAGCCGGGUCAAGAUCAACGCCAUGUUUGUCUUCAAGGCUCUUAUGUCAACGAACCCGGGCUCUGUUUUAAUCGCCAUCAUGGCGUUGAUGUUUGUUGUGGAUUCCUGGGCUAUGCGAACAUGUGAGAUUUACUAUGACCCGGAAAACCCCUUCGGCGGAUUCCCGAGUUCCAUGUGGCUCAUUGCCAUAACGUUUUUGACCGUAGGGUACGGUGACAUUGUUCCCAACAGCUACUGUGGUCGUUUUAUCUCAGUAAUAACAGGGCUGAUGGGGGUUGGGACAACAGCCCUUUUGGUGGCCGUCAUGGCCAGCAAACUGGAACAGACACGCGCUGAAAAAUACGUGCACAACUUUGUGACGCGGAUUCAGCUGGAGCGCCAUAAGCGUGAUGCGGCCGCGGAUGUGCUCAAAUCAGGUUUAAGGAUCUGGAACUUAAAGAAGAAAAAGAAUAAAGGGAGAGGCAGGAAGCUCAUUCACGAACAAGGUCGACUUUUCCAGUCGAUUCGAAAGAUGAAAUUUGCUAAAAACGAAGGGGCGCGUUUAUCUGAGAGUGCCAUCGGUCUUGUAGAAAUAGGACGGACUGUAUUCUGGAUACAAGACACUUUACUUGAUAUGCAAAAGCAUCAGAACGAUACUGUCGACAAAAUAUCGGCACUAAAUGAGCGAUUAGCAAGCUUGGAAACGAAACUCGACCGAGCGAAGAAAGUAGAAAGUUAAUGACAUGGCAUUGU